CCCCAUCACCACCGGCGUCACUUCCCACCCGCAAUUGCACCACCACCGCACCCACAACGCAGCCAUGCCGCCGCGGAUACCAGCCGCUCUCCGCGCUCUCAGCGCGCCCUCUUCUCCCUCGGGCCUCCUCUACCGCGCCUUCUCCUCCACGCCCUUCGUCGCCGCGCCCCCCCGCGAAGGGCAACACCCCAACGCACGCUCCUCAUCAUCCUCCUCCCCCUCCUCGUCGCCCUCCUCCACGAGCAGCCUCCUCUCCAUCAACAACGCCGACCGCUACAAGCGCGGCGGCGGUCCGAACAAGCAUCAGCAGAACCAGCAGAACCAGCACCAGCACGCCUCGCAGCGCGGCGAGGCCGCCACCCGCCUCCUCAGCCGGUACAAGAACCGCGCCGAGUCGGCCCUGCGCACCAAGGAGGCGCAGCUCGAGCUCCUGCGCAACCAGAAGAACUCAAAAGACUACCUCAGGCAGAUGCCCCGUCGCUGGGAGGCCGGCGACGUUUACUCUCCCCAUGACCUGAGCCCCGUCGAGAUGCAGAAGUGGCGCAAGCGCUCCCAACGCCUCGGCGACGUGAUCGACGCGCUCGGCAUCCGCCCGCUCGAUAUGUACAAGAACUUUUCGCUCGUACAAGAAUUUACGUCGUCUUCGGGCCAAAUCACCCACUCGGGCAAAACGUGCCUGCGACCCGUCAACCAGCGCAAGAUUGCAAAGAUGAUUCGCCGCGUCCAGGGCAUGGGCAUCUACCCGACCAUCCACGACCACCCCGAGAUGAUCAGAGAUGAUUUCUUCCCUGAGCGGAGAGAUCGGUGAGCGGCUUGAUCUCAAUGUGCCGAACAGGGACAAAUAGCCCCGACGUCCAAGAUCUUGCCAUUGGCGUGGCCCGUGUCUCCAUAUAUGUACAAUAGCCCUUUCAUGUAUAGAUACAAACAGACAUCAAGUCCCUCUUGUACACGUCAGGCCUUCAUGACCCGAUUGAUCUUAAUCUGACACAGCGAGAACUCGUUCGACCGCCGG